AUGGUGGGCACAAGAUUCCAUGACGAAGAGGAUGAACUGCUGCUAACCCGCAUGUUGAAGAAGGGUUAUGACCGGACCCAGAAGCAGGCCGAGAAGAGGGCGAUUGUCGUGGGGGUCGUCAAGGCCUUACAAAAAAAAUUUGGGCGGACCCACGACGAAAUUCAAAUUGUAAAAAAAUGGUCUGACCUGAAAAGGAGGCACCCGGACUGGGUCAAAGAGCUCAGGCUUCCAGCGCCAACGGUCCGCCGCCGUCUAACCACGGCGGAUUUGGAUGUAGUGGAGGUCUCCACAGAGGAGGAUGAGCAGGCGGGGCCCUCCCACAGUGUGGGGAUUGUUGUGGAGGUGUCAGACGAGCCCGGACCCUCUCAAGGGCCAAAAACAUCUGGCCCAGCUCCUGCUGAGGAGGAUACCACCACCCCAGCUCCUGAGGAAGAGGAUCAGGCGCUGGUUACCACCCCGCACCAGGAGGUAAUCAAGAAAAUUUCUGCUAAAAUUGCUCUAAUGCAAAAGAGGCAUGGGAAAAUCAGGCAAUUAAGAGCCCUCAUUCAAAAAUCCCAAAGAAUGCUGCAGGAAUUUGAAUGCCAAUAUGGGGAGGACCUGAAGGAGCUCGCAAGCCUGCAGGAAGAACUGCAAAAGUUCCCUUAAUUUUAUUCUAAUUUUUUUGUUAUUAAAAAAGUUUUCUU